GGCGGUGUCGCGCUCGGGGGCCGCGCCGGGUCGCGUUUCCCUCGACUGCCGGAGGCGGCUCCGUUUGGGAGAGCCUUUCGCCAGCCCCACGGGGACCUCUGUGCACGGAUGGACCCGCCCGGCCCCGGCGGGAAGCGGCCUGGCAGGCGGCGGCCCCGGCGGUGUCAGCAGAGGCAGGACAGGGCCGAGGCCGCGGGUCCCUGAGGCGCGCGGGCCCACCGGGCUCGGCGUUGGCACCAUGAUGCCGGGCGAGACCCACUCGGCGGCGCCCGGGACGGCGGCGGACCUCUCGCGGUGUCAGGGCUGCGCCUCGCUGCAGCAGAAUUUAAACGAAUAUGUUGAAGCACUAAUUACCUUGAAGCAGAAAAUUAUUAAUACAGAUAAUUUAUUGACAGAAUAUCAGAAGAAAUGUGAUGAGCUGCAGUUUGCAAGAAGAGAGAAUAGCACUCUGCAUCACCAAGUGGAACAGAUGCUUCAAAAAAUUUCUCCUCUGCAGAAAUGUCAGGAAGAAUUGGGAUCUUUAAAAGCAGAGCUGGAAGAGAAGAAGAGUUCUCUGAAGUUGUACCAAGAUACUCACCAGGAAUAUGCACGUGUAAAAGAAGAAUGCUUGAAAACUGAUGCUCAGAAGAAGAAACUAGAAGCCAAGGUGAAGAAGCUGGAAGAGGCUGCUGUCAAGCAAACGCAGGACUUCAAGCAGCUGAGGAAUGAGAAGAAAAUACUUGAAAAGGAAUUUAAGAAGACACAGGAACGGCUCGAUGAAUUUUCUAAACAGAAAAAUGAAAAGGAGUUGAGACACAUUGGAACACAAAUUUCAAGUGAUUCUUAUGGAAGCAUAGAUAAAAGAAAAGUAAAGCUACUUCUGAAGGAACUCUGGCUCUGCAUAAACACAACACACAGACUACCUGGUGAGGGCAGCCAAUGUAUCACAGAGAAACCUGCCAAAGAAAACCCCGGACCCACAGAGUCCAGGGAUGAUGGCCUGCCUCCUCCAGCGGGAGGCAGGCCGCUCAGAGCUGCAGCUGUGCAGACGUGCCUGGCAGAACUGUCCAUGGAAAUAGAGGGUGACUUCUCUGCGUGUAGACGUGUGGGGGGAGAGGGGCCCAGUGGAGCCGCGCACUGUGAUGACCAUGUUUCUAAUGAGGGCCGGCAUCCUGAACUCGCGGUGCCGAGGGACGACGAGGACAGUACUGACUUCUCUGAUCGUGAUCACUGUUUUGAUGAAGAUCUCCAGGCGGCAGUUGAUUUCUUCAAACUUCCCCCUCCUCUGUUGUCUCCAGUGCCGUCACCCCCUCUGGUGUCCCUACCACCCCUGAGCACAUUACCUUCUUCGCUCGCACCUGAAACCUACUUUGGAGAGUAUACAGAUUCCAGUGAUAAUGAAUCGUCCCAACAUAGAAAUUCUGCUGAGUCUGUUUCAGAAGAUGAGACGUCUGAAUCACAGUAUUUUGGUUCAUCCAGAAAAAGUAAAGGAAGUAGUGGUACCUGGGAGGAAAAGCUCAAAUCACAUGAAGCCACCCAAGCUCUGACUACAUUGGAAGUAAAUGAAGUGACAACUGUCGGGUUUGGGACAUUCACAGCAACACUGAGAGAGCCUUCAGCCACAUACUCCUUAGCUCGUGAGAAACACUGGAUGGUGUCAUCUGAAUCGACGAGUGAUAGGAGAAGAGGCAUUUUAGAUGAGGCACAAAGACAGAGAGAGGUUAGAGAGGCGGAUAAGUCAGUGCAGACUGAGAACAUGCUUCAUGAGCCCAUCAGAAAUGUGUGUGUUGAGACGUCGUCUGGCAGCCGGGCACAGGGCAGGGGAGAGGCCCUCCAGAAGUCUGAUGUGUGUUCUCCCCUCGGCAAGAGGCCAUUCAGUGAGCUCAUGGAAUCUGAAGGAAAAACCCUGCUAUCCAAAAUGAUAGGAUCACCCAAAUCACAGCUUACUAAGUGGAUGCUAACUAGUGAAAUCCCUCUUGAAUCAGAUCAUCUGUCAAUCUCUGACCACUUUCAGGGAAUGUGUAGAGUAUUGGGGAAGGAGAGAGAUGUUCAAGGAUUCAUUUUAGGAGCAUCACCUGAACCAGAGGACGAUGCAGGUGAUGCAAUGGGUGUCACAGGGCUCAGUGUUGACGCCAGGCUUUCUUCCUCUUCUACCUCGGGAACAUCGUCUGUCUGCAGUGACUCCCCGUCUUCCUCUGGGUUAAAGUAUGGUCAUGAUCUACACAUUCCUGCUAAAGUUACCCCUAUGGAACUGCAUCACUCUGAACAAAAGUUACAAGCUGAAACCUUGAACAUGUUAGAUCUGCAGCCUGAGCCCCCAGAGUGUCCUGCCGGACAGAACCAUCUGGAGAAUAGCUUGUGUGCUUUGAGCCCUGAGUUGGGAGCGUCAGAUUUUAAUAAUCAGAGCAGCAGUGAGGUCGGGUGCACAAAUGUUGUGAAAGGCAUGCCCAAAGUCUGUUCACUUGCACAGUCAGUAUUUAUAAAAGCUAUGAAAGAGGCACAGUGUGGAAGUCAGGGUCCCAGAACUGAGCUCCCCCUGACUAGGGCGGAUUCUUCACCAUUGCUAGAGUCUCAGUGUGGCUUGACCAAGAGUGGGUUUGGUUUUGUUAAAAGCCCUUCAUGGCACCAUAGUGAUCUGUUAAGGAGAGGUGGGGAAGAAAGGAUGAGAGCUAAGUCAGAAUAUGAACAGAAGACCAACCAUCAGGUAGAAAAGGCAGUGCCAUCCUUAGAGAGUAGAGGAUCCACAUCCAAGCCUGAACUUGCUAGAGAAAAUAAUGCUGUGGGGCUCAGGGCUGCUACAUCGCUGUUGCCAAACCAAGUGUCCGUGAUCACCAAGCAGGCCAGGCCUGACACGGCGCAGAGUGCUAGACCGGAGCACUGGAGGCGGGGGACUGAAUCUGCCUUCGGGGCAGCACGUGCCGGUUCUGGGGCUGCAUCCAUGUCAUCUGUAGCCAGACGUGGCAGAGAAGGAGAGGACACGGCACGGGAUGCGCAGGGGACGGCUGCUACUGAAGGGACCUCGCCACAAGUUUUCGCCUCGUGGAGAAAAUUAGACUUCAGUUUUCCAAGUGCUUCUUUACCAGUAGGAAAUUCUCAUUGUUCCACAAAUAGCGGACUGUCUUUCUCUUCUAAAAACAUCCCGGUCCAAAACCAAGACGUUGUGACGGAAGCCUCAGCACAGGAAGAAGUGCAGAAGCAAAGUCUGCUCCUUCAUGCCACGGAUCUGGACUCGUCUGGGCUAGGUGGGGAUCGACUCCUUCCCGCCACAGAAGUGCCAGCGUCGAGAAGUUUUCCUGUGGACGAAGUACCCUUUGAUGGCACGGGCAGAUCUAGUGGUGAGGCCCUGGCCGUCUCAGAGGACUCUCCUCGUGUCCAGCAGAGCCUGGAGUCUCUAGAGCUGCCAUCUCAGACUCCUGGCAGUGCUUCUCCUAAAGGUCCAGGCACUACAGGGACUGCUCUUCCAUCGGCCAUUCUCAGGAAAGAUGAAGAGACGCAUGCUGUCCCCCAGAGUGGCCUCGCUGGGGCUCUGUGUUACACGGGCAUUCGGGAGGCAGGCGGUGGCGACACAGAGGUGGAGGAGAGUGAGGCACCUAGCUGCAGCGAGGGGGAGAGUGAGUCCGAAGCCGCGAUGGGGGACAGACAGCAAGGUGCCGCCCGUGCCUCCAGAAAAGAUUUAGGAGCCGAAGGUGCUGGCGCAGCCGAGCCCAGGCCUUCUGUUGAGGUGGGGUGUCUGACCUCCGCGCUGCAGGACUUCAACAUCAGUACUCUUUCUGAGGUAGACGGACUUUCCACAUCAGAGGUCGUGAUGUUUCUCGAAAGUUGUCAGUUAAGAGAUUAUAGUUCAGGGGACUCUGUUUCAGAAUGUUCGAGCAAAGGAACCCUAUAUAAAGAAAUGAACAAAGACUUAAAGGCAGGUGAGCUCUCAGGAGGGAAGUACAGAAAGCAGCUCUGUGAAGAAGAAACCCUUGAAACCUCCGAAGAGUGGAUUGAAUCUGAGGAAGAUGACGGUCCUCUGAGGAGCACGGAUCAACUCACACGGCGUUCCUUGGAAACGCUGUCUGAGGUACUCACCAGGGUCGGCCAGGCGCUUCAGACCAGCUGUGAGAGCUCUCCUGGAAAAGACGCCGGUAACCUGGUGCUCUUAAAUACGCAUGACAGCCUGACCACUAAGCCUGUCCGAGAGCACGUCCCACCUCAGGAGGUGAGUGGCUUCCUGCCAGACCCUUCAGGAACACCCCCUCCAACAGCCAGCGUGGCCAGCAAGGGCCGUUCUCCGGCCAGAGGCAUACUGAGUAACAAAGUCACUCCAGGCAGUCCUGAGGGUGUUCCCGAUGUCACCAGCCCGAUCUGUGGUGGGGCAGAGGUCCUGUCGGAGCCGGCAGAGCCCUCCCCCCAGCGCUCUGACUCCAUGGUGGGGCAGACCAUGGAGGGCAAUGCCGAGGAGGGGGCAGAAACGACAUUUCAGUGUCAGAUAUCAACAGUGACCUCCGAAGUCAUAAACGUGCUCAUCAAUAAGGAUCAGAAUCUCGUCAUUGAAAAGGGGGACCACUGGACCAUCAUAAAUGGGGUCGCUCUCAUGCCAAAUGUGGACCAGGUCAUACUGUGUGACAGUCCCGAGGACAUUCCUGUUUCUCCAGAUCGAGGAGAUUUGGGAGCUGGCUUCCUUUCCGUUACUUCCUUGGACAAGUCCCCAGAGACCAGUCACCCUGGCCGUCCAUUUCAGGAGCCCCAGUGUGGCAGCAACCUGUCAUGUGCCCAAGAGGAAAUUUCCAGCAGCAGCCAGAGCACCAACUUCGAUAAAAGUCGUUUGCGCAAUAGGCCUGUCAAACCUAGUGUAAGGAUUAGUUCUGAAAUCUAUGAUCAGAACUUUGAGUCUCAGACUAUUGCAUCUGAUCACACAUACUUUAACUCGAAACUAGAGCCAUUCAGCAAAAAUAAGAAUCGAUCAAAGAUUUCAAACAAAGAUCAAUCAAACAAGCCGGCAAAGGCUUUAGCAUCCAGCCGAGUUGAAGCUAAUCAGAGUGAAGGUUCUCAGUCAUUUUCAGGAGAAAGAGAGAACACAAAAACUCAGAAAAAUCAAACUCAGACCAUUUUAGCCAAUGCUGACACAUCGACUCCUACAGAUUGUUCUGAUACUCUGAGUAAAAUCCGGCAGGAGGUGGGGCCUCCCCUGCCACCCUUGCUCGCUCCUCUGGUCGCUACACCUCCAAGGACUUCGCAACCAGUUUCUCCUCUGAUAGUAACUUCCUCUCCCUCCUCACCUACCUCUCCUCUUGGCCAGAUUUCUCCUUUGUGUGAAAUCCCAGUGCCUCCUAUGAUGUCUCCUUUGCCAGAAGAGCCGGGAUGCCUCUCCCCGCUGUGCACAUCUCCGUCCCCAUCCACUGCCCUGGCCGGCGAGAGGAUCUUGUCAUCACCGUUGCAGUUUUGUGCUGCGACCCCAAAGCAUGCCCUCCCUGUGCCUGGCCGCCUCCCGCCCUUGGCACCUGCCCACACGGCUGUGGCCGGACCCCAGGAGAAUUCCGUUAAAAUCCUUGACACCAUGUACCCAGAGCUGUCUGCCAGGGCCCGCACCCUCAACAUCCUCAAAGGGAAUAUUCAGCUCACUCGAGGUCCGUCUGCAGACUGUAAAAGCUUAGCAGGGCCUGUCAACGCUAUAACAGGAUUCAAGGCAAUUACCUCAACGUCCACGGCCUUUGUUAAGACGGGGGGCAGCUCAGGGAGCGACUGUAGUCAAGAGAAGUCCAGAGAUGGGGGGACUCGCCAGGAUGCAGGUGGGAAAAGGACGUUGUCUGCAUCUACACUGAGGAGUGCCAAAAGACUGCGGCUGGACAGCGGGUCCCCAGAACCAGAAACUGGGGCUGCCACUGCAGAAGGAGUCAGCAAGACCCUCCGGAGGAACCUCCCUCAAGCUGAAGGUGUGACGACAGAGGAAGAAAGUUCUCUUCUGACCAUCAGUACGGUUUCACAGGUGCCUCCAAACCCAAAAGAAACCGUAGAGUCCCAUGACCAAGCCAUAGCUGGUGCACUGAAGAAAAUCGCAGAGUCAUCUUUUGAUCUCUUACCUGUCAUUCGGAGUCACGUGUAUGUGGGAAAUAUCUCUAAAAAGCCUGUAAUGAGAGAUCAAGAGAAGGAAGUUGUUUAUGAAUUUAGCACAACCAAAAAGCAUUUAGCAGAGUGCUUGCUUCACUCUAUUCUCUCAGAACUAAAAAUUCAGAAGAUCUCUAUGGAGCGCAAUUACAUUCACGCCCUCUGCAGAGUGUAUGUGGGUAUUUGUCGGCAACUUGGAGACUUGGAAAGAGCUCGUUUGUUUUGCUACAGCCUACUUAAGGAAGAUUUUCCAGAGUCAGAGAAAUUGACUUUGUUCAUUGCAAACAUGUGGCAUGAUAUAUUUAUUUCCCAAUCGGUGAUUAAUAAGGCAAUGCAGUUGGUUGCCAGGCAACGUGCUAAAGGAGAGGUUCGGAACUGUUUGAGAGCCUUUCUCAACUGGGAAAAGAAUGCUCCUGUGGAUGUGGGUUUCAUGGUUUCUAAGCUGCUAUUGACCAUACAGUUGUGUCCAAAAACAGAAUUUCAGCCCAGUGAAAAAUUUGGUGAAGACCUAAGUGACAACACUUGGGAGUACAUAUUUGCCAUUGAUCUGCUCUGCUGCCAUCAAAAAUGGAUUUGGACACACGAUAACAUUAUAAGUAAAGAGCUGUGGCCUGUAAUGGAUAAGUGGAUAAAAUACAGAAAAGGACACGCGAACAUUGCAUAUACUCCUGAUAUUAUUAUAGCAUCGAUACUGAGGCUGAUUGGUCGUUUAGGCCAGCUGGGCUUGAAGGAAGGCUUCCCGUCCGCCGUGAAGAAUAUUAGCUCCGUCAUUGGUAUGUUCAUCCAGCACGCGCAGGACGAAGAUAUCCCGUGGGGCAUCCAGCUGGCCGCCGUGUACGCGCUCUGUGAUUUGAGUCCCAGCAAUCCAGCGGAAAUAUCCAAGAUCCUGGAGGCCUGGCGCCAAGAAACCGCGCACAGCGUGCCUUCCGCGGUGCUCAGCUGCCUGGAGGAGGUCAGCUCGCUGUGCGCAGAGGAGGUCGGCUAAGCUGCACCGCGCCGCUGCGUCUAGAGAAGUGCCUUUACAUAUCUCAAGUAUGAAUAGAUGAGCCAGCUUGGCGGAGCACAAACUGAGUUUCAAAAGGAAAGCCAGAGAAGAGAGAGAAUGCCCAGAGGCUCUGGUCACCGUGGCGAGGAGACAGAAGCCAGCCAUGGCAGGGCUGCCUUUCCCCAAACCGCAUACAUUUCACUUAAGGCUGUUGUGAUUCCAUGACAUGUGGGUUGUAUUAUUGUGUCUUGGUCAAACAACAAAAACUUGAACUUAGCCCUUUUUUGCUGCAGAAAGUGUCCUUUUAGUCGCUUUUUAAAAUUGAGUGGCAUUUUAUAAUGAAUUUAAUAUAAAAGCAUUGAUUUGGUUCCUGAGCUAAUUUUGGACUUUGCGCUGAAAUGAUUGACUAGGGAAAAAUAAAUCGGCUAAGAAAGAGCUAGAAGACUCUUCCACUGUCUUAGCUGGAAAUGGGCUACAAAAUUGUUUCUCAAGGUAGAGUGCGCAACUGGUCAGAGGAGAACCUGGGAGAGCCUUAGAGACCCGCUCUAGUGCAUCUUCUUCCUAUCUCUGCAGGUCCUUAAAACUGUCACUGUAUCAGGACAAGGAGGGCUGAAGAGUAGAAGUUCACUUGCAGGGUUUCUGUCAGCGAUGUGUAUAUAGACGAUUCAGAGACGCGCGCAGGCAGGUCUCUGUGUGUGCCGUGUAUAUAUGGACCGUGCUAUAAUGUGUUUCACAUUUGAUGAUAUUCCACUUUCGGAAUUUUAGUAUUUGUACAUAGAAAAUGGGUUUAAUAACUCACCGUGGUUCUGAUUUGUCAUAUAUUCAUCAUUUCUUAAAACUCUUGUAUGUGUUUUUUAUAAUAAAAAAUAAAAGUAAGCCAUGCACACGA